UGAUUUUUGGCCUCCCGUUCUUCGGCCGCUCCGAAGUCCCCAUCUCCAUUCUCACUCGGCCUCCACCACUUCCACUCCCCUCGAAGAUUUUUGGCACGGAGCUUCCAUCUUCCCGUCUGCGACCGCCAUCCAAAUCCACAAUUCACUUCGCUUCACCCUUCAUCGCUUCCUCCUGUUCCAGUUCGACAAGACGAGGACGACAAGUUCUCCGAGGUCUUCACUUCCCUUGGAGGGCUACAUCUCUGAGGGAUACAUGGCGUAUGAGAUUGGAGAAGUUAAGUUAUUUCCAUCAUAUUAAGUGUUUUAACCCCAAAAUCCCAUUUCAAUAUAUUUCAUCCCAGUAGCUCUCACCUUUUUCUUAAACGCGACAAGGAAAUUCUUUAGUAAAUAGUAUUUCAAAGAAUCAACAGUUAACCUUGCAAAUCAAUUUCGGUUCCAAACCAAUUAGAUUCUAAAUGGCGAGGCCUAAUCAGGAAGCAAUUGAGCCGUUCAUGUGCAUCACGGGCUUAUCUGAAGUAAUCACAAGGCAGAAACUCGAGCUUUCCGUGUGGCUACUACAAGAUACAUUGUUCAAUACAUGUUUGGGGCGUGAUAACAUGGCUCUUAAAAACUUCUGCUGAAAAAUGUAAUAGCUCUGCUGCGGUUGAGAUUGCUCAGCCAACAAAGCUCUUGAAAUUCAUUGACAGGGAUUCCAGUCCUAAAUCAGGUUACUAGAUGACUGGUGAUCCUAAUACUGUGACUGAUGGCAGCUUCAUUUAUUGUCAGAUAGUAUGAUUGAUGUCUUUAUACUGGUUCAAAUAGAUGAACCAUCUUUAAAUUAUUCAACCUGUGAGUGGGGAGGCCAAGUAUCUACAAGUAAUUCUUUUUGAAUCAACCAUCAAACUAGUACCUUCUGGGCUCAACAGUUUCAGAUAUGGAGAAGAGCGUGUAUACAAUUUUGACUAUAGACCGUUGGGAGUCACUGAAUUUUAUGAAAUACAGAUUGGCUUCACUUAGGCCUGUUCAUGGAAGGUUAGCUUUGAAAUUUCUUAAAUGGGUCAUCAAGCAACCUGGUUUGGAGCUCAAUCACGUUACCCAUAUAAUGUGCACUACAGCGCACACACUGGCUAGAGCUCGAAUGUACAACUUCGCCAAAUCAAUCUUAAAACAACUUUUACAAAUGCGCAUUGGUUCAAACUCUGUUUUUUAUGCCCUGAUGAAGACGUACCCCUUUUGCAAUUCUAGUCCAGCUGUUUUUGACCUCCUAAUUAGAGUUUGUUUACGAGAAGGGAUGGUUGGGGAUGCUGUAUAUACUUUCAAAUUGAUGGGACUACAGGGAUUGAAGCCAUCAAUAUCCACUUGCAACAUGGUGCUAGGGUCAUUGGUAAAAGACCAGAAAGUUGAGUUGUUUUGGUCCCUUUUCAAAGAAAUGCUAGCCAAUAGGUUUUGUCCCAAUGUUGCUACCUUGAACAUACUGUUAAAUGUCUUAUGUGAAGAAGGGAAGCUUAAGAGUGCUGGUUAUCUGUUAAGGAAAAUGGAAGACUCUGGUUAUUUUCCAACUGUAGUCACGUAUAAUACUCUUCUGAAUUGGUAUUGCAAGAAAGGUAGGUAUAGAGUGGCAUCUGAACUGAUUGACCGUAUGGCCUCAAAGGGCAUCAUAGCAGAUGUUUGUACAUAUAAUGUUUUCAUUGAUAGUUUGUGUAGGGAUGGAAGAAGUGCUAAAGGUUAUUUAUUAUUGAAAAGGAUGAGAAUGAAAGAUGUAUAUCCUAAUGAUAUUACUUAUAAUACACUCAUUAAUGGUUUUGUUAAAGAGGGGAAGACUGGAGUUGCUGCUCAUGUUUUUGAUGAGAUGACAUCGCUUAACCUAUCACCAAACUCUAUCACUUACAAUAUUUUGAUUGAUGGGCAUUGUAGUGAGGGCAAUAUUGGUGAAGCGUUGAGACUUUUAGAUUUGAUGGAAUCACAUGGUCUACAACCUAAUGAAAUGACUUAUGGAGCACUUUUGAAAGGACUAUCCAGGCAUGCUGAAUUUGACUUAGUUUUUAGGAUUCUUGAGAGAAUGAGGUUGAAUGGGUUGACACCAAGUUGUAUUAGUUAUACUACAAUUAUUGAUGGGAUGUGUAAGAAUGGCUUACUAGAUGAAGCUGUGCUGUUGCUAAAUAAUAUUUUAAAAGAUUCUAUAGGCCCUGAUGUUGUCACAUUUUCAGUGCUCAUAAAUGGGUUUUUCAAGGCGGGGAAGAUAAAUAAUGCAAAGGAGAUCUUGUGUAAAAUGUAUAAGGCAGGACUUGUUCCAAACCGCAUUUUGUACUCAACAUUAAUAUAUAACUAUUGCAAGAUGGGGAGCAUAAAAGAGGCUUUAAAUGUUUAUGCAGUGAUGAAUUGCAAAGGUCAUGUUGCAGAUCACUUUACAUGUAAUGUGUUGGUUGCCACUCUUUGUAGAAGUGGAAAAGUUCAGGAGGCAGAAUAUUUUAUGCAUCACAUGAGCAGGAUGGGUCUUGAUCCCAACGCCAUUACUCUUGAUUGUAUCAUAAAUGGUUAUGCCAAUUUGGGUGAUGCGUUAAAAGCCUUUUCUUUGUUAGAUGAAAUGAUUACUAUUGGCCAUUUCCCAAGUCAUUUUACAUUUGGGAGUCUGUUGAAAGGACUUUGCAUUGGUGGACAUAUAAAUGAGGCGAAAAAACUCUUGCAUAGACUUCACCGCCAACCUUCUGCCAUUGAUAAUGUUUCUUACAAUACAUUACUUGCUGGGAUGUGUCGAUCUGGAAAUCUGUUGGAUGCAGUUGAUCUUUUAAAUGAGAUGAUUAUGAAUAAUUUGCUUCCUGACAAUUACACAUACACUAGUCUUAUUGCUGGGCUAUGCAAGAAGGGUAAAUUGGUUGCUGCACUCAUUUUGUCAGGAAAAGCAAUGGAAAAAGGAUUGCUAUCACCAAAUCCUGCUGUAUACACUGUAUUAGUCUCUGGCUUACUUAAGGCAGGUCACUCGAGAGCUGCUUUGUUUACUUUUGAAGAGAUACUGAACAAAGGUGUUGGGCUUGAUACUAUUGCAUUCAAUGUGCUUUUGGAUCAUUAUUCAAGGAGAGGACAGAUGGUUAGGGCAAAUAAUGUCCUUUCAAACAUGAGGAGCAGAAGUUUAUCUUUCAAUUUGGCUACUUACAACAUUCUUCUGCAUGGAUAUGCCAAGAGGCAUGCCAUGACAAAUUGUUUGAGGAUAUAUAAAGACAUGAUUAGACGUGGUUUUGUAGCAGAUAGGUUAACAUGUCAUUCUCUUAUUCUUUGCAUGUCUGAAGCAUGGGAAGUUGCUGUGAAAUUUUUGAAAAGCAUGAUGAUUGAUGGUUUAGUAGCUGAUAUUUAUACAUUUAACAUGCUUAUUACCAAGUUAUGUGGAAAGGAUGAGAUAAAAAUGGCAUUUGAUGUGGUAGAUCUUAUGGAUAGGUUGGGAGUUAUUUGUAAUGUUGAUACAUACAAUGCCCUUUUCAGUGGACUAGUUAGAGCUUCUGCUUUUAAGGAAGCCCAUCUUAUUCUGCAUUCCUUGUUGGAAAUUGGAUACGUUCCUUCAUGUAGACAAUAUAUCACUUUAAUAAAGGGCAUGUGUAGAGUGGGAAAUGUACAGGAAGCAAUGAGGCUAAAAGAUGAGAUGAAAACGCUUGGUGUCUGCUCUUGUGAUGUUGCUGAGAGUGCAAUCAUUAGAGGGCUUGCAUCCUGCGGGAAUAUUGAAAAUGCCAUUCUAGUUCUUGAUUUCAUGAUCCGCAAUCAGUUGAUUCCAACUGUUGCUACUUUCACUACUUUAAUGCACAUUUGUUUCAAAGAAGGUGAUCUUAAUAAGAUUUUAUACUUGAGAAGUAUAAUGGUGUGCUGUGGUGUGAAGCUUGAUGUAGCUGCCUACAACGUUCUUAUUUCUGGCUUUUGUGCUAAUGGUGAUGUUAUGGCUGCUUUCAAACUUUAUGAAGAAAUGAAGCGAAGGCAUCUUUGGCCUAAUUCCUCAAUUUACACAGUUCUUAUUAGUUCUGCUUGUGAUGGAACUUUUAAUGUUGAAAAGGAAAAGCUUUUAGAGGAUUUACAAGCUAGGGGAUUGGUACCUCUGGAUUGGUCUGGAGGCACAGAUCAAAUGAAUGAGUUAUUGACGAUUGCCCGGACAAAGUUGAAUUUCUUGAGGCAGAAUAGAGGGAGAAAACGAGGAGUGCCUAAGCAUUAAGAAACAAUCUGCUUGAUCCAUCAUAUGCAGCUUUUCCUUGAUCAAGAAUGCAAAAUGACAGAGGAGGAUGAGAUGAUAGUUUCAUGACUCAAGCCAGAUAUCAUACUGCUGAUAUGUUUUCUAUUAAAUUAAUCUCUGGAUUAUCCUGCUGAUUUACAGCUUGGAAGGCUCCUCAUAUAUAGCAGCCACAAGGUUUGAAUUAUUUCAUUUGGUUGGGAUUGGUCUACAGCUGCUGGAGGGCAGACUAGCAAUCUUAAGCUGGUGGAUUCUUAUUUAGAGAUGCCUAAUGCAGCUCCCAAGAGACCACGCAGAGUCUGAGUCAUUAUCAGGGACACAGCCAUCUCCAUAGCAGCCACAGUGAAACUUUAGGAGUUAAGCUCAGGACAAAGUGCAGUUGAAGAGUCUUAGUGAGAGCAGCUCCAUUACAGAAGCUAUGGGAAAGAUAUGUUGGAGUAAUGCUCGAUGCCCAUAUUACUUCUUUAUGAGUACAAAUAGGGGAGAGGGCUUUAGAAGUUCUAUGAACUGAUUUUGGUCACCACUUUCAGAGAAGCUGCUGGCAUUUAUCAUCACCUGACACUUGAUGUUCAUUCCAGCUGACAGCCUGUGUGGGAACCAGAAAGGCCACCAAAGCUAUUGCUUAUAUGCCUCAUUUGUUUGGCUAAAGCACAGAUUAAGCACUUGUGGAGUUGCUCGUGAGAAUCUACGCCCUUGGGAGCUUAGUGUGGUUGGUAAGGGUUAAAGGUGAAGAGAGCACGAGAAGGUCGAGAAAGGAAGCGAGGAAAGAAUAGCUUCAUUUAGUAGUGGUAUGACUAUCAUUGAGUGAAAUAAAUGUAUAAUAUGUUAAAGUAUGAGUUACCAACUAGGAUGUAUAAGUGGAUGUGUAUAUGAAUUGUGUUGUGAAAAAUUGCUUGUAUUUAUAUAUAUGAUAUUGCAUCUCACUGAAGGUGCCCCAGUAGUGGGUACGUGAGUAGGCCUGGAUGCUAUUCAAGCAAGUGUAUGUCAUUAUGUAAUUUGUUUUAUUUGUAUAUUUAUGUGUUGAAUGUGAAAUUGAUUUUGAAUUGUGUA